AUCAUAAACAUGCGCGGAACGCGACCAGCCCCCGACCCGAUUUCAAACGGCGCAGAUCACCCUAGCUCAAGCAAUCAGACUACUCGACGUUCGUUGCGACGAUUCGCCUAUCAGGAGAAUGGCCGGACGGAGCCAGCGCAGCAAGAUGUAGAGGCUGGUCCAGCAUCCGGCAAUGAACAGGGAACGAGCUUGGGCAAACGCAAAAGAAACAUUGCGGAGGAUGUCAUAAAUCACACCAAAGCGGAGGCGCAUCGCCCGCCCCGAAAGCAAGAGACGGUCCCCGAAUCAAAGCCGCUCCGGAAGCCUCGCAGACAACCAGCGAAGCACAUCAAGGGGCCCAAUGGUAACGUCACAGUAGAGGCACCGGCCGAUUGGCAACGUGUGUACAACACGACUGCAGCCAUGCGGAAACGCGUGCUCGCCCCGGUCGACACCAUGGGAUGCGAGUCACUCGCCGACACGACUCGCUCCCCGCAAGACCAACGACUACAGACUCUCGUGUCGUUGAUGCUGAGCAGUCAGACCAAAGACACGGUCACGGCGGCGGCGAUGUGGAACUUGCAAGCCAAUCUACCCGGCGGCUUUUGCUUGGAGUCGUUGCUGCAGGUGGAGCCGGAGGAACUCAACAGAUUGAUUGAGAAGGUGGGCUUUCACAACAACAAAACCAAGUUCAUCAAGGCGACUGCCAUCAUUCUGCGAGAUCAGUACAAUGGCGACAUACCCGACACCAUCGAAGGCCUGGUCAGUCUGCCCGGGGUGGGGCCGAAGAUGGCAUACCUCUGCAUGAGUGCCGCGUGGGGCCGUGACGAAGGCAUUGGGGUGGAUGUGCAUGUGCAUCGCAUUACCAAUCUAUGGGGCUGGCAUAAAACGGCGACGCCGGAGCAGACGAGGGCGGAGUUGGAGGCAUGGCUGCCGAAGGACAGGUGGCACGCCAUCAAUCAUCUUCUGGUGGGCUUUGGACAGACCAUUUGCCUACCGGUGGGAAGGAAAUGCUGGGAAUGCGACUUGGCGUCGGAAGGAUUGUGUCCGAGCGCGCAGCUGAACAGGAGUCCAGUGAAGAAGAAGGUGGAGGUGGGGGUCGAGAUCAAGGUCGAGGAUGGGCAAGUUACUACGGCGGAGGAGAUUGUCACUCAAUCGGACGGCGUCGGUAUCAAGGUCGAGGCACAGCUGGAUGGCGAAGGCGUGGUCGAGAUGCAAGCCUUCUCUGGAGCAGGAUAGUCAGGCAGGAUGGUCCAGGUCGUGUUGCUAUCGAAGCUCGCGGA